AUGGCGACAACUACAGGACAACAGGACUUCGCGUCAACGAUCGGAAAGCAGAACAUACGACAGCCGACAGAGACAUUCAAGGACGACGACAGCUCCGAUGUGCCAGUCGAACCCAUUUCAGAUGUCGAGAUUGGACACCGAGCCACGAACAUCAGUCUCGGCGCAGCAGCGUCACUACCACAAGAGCAUCGCGACUACCUCAUAGCAAGACAUGGCACACUCGAUCUGGACCCCAUCCCAUCAGACGACCCAGCAGAUCCUUAUAACUGGCCAGAAUGGAAGAAGAUGGCAAAUCUGAUCCUUGUCGGCUUCCACGCCAUGAUCACGACCUUCACAGCGGCGGCCAUCAUUCCAGCAUAUGAGAGUAUCGCCGAGGAGUUCGAGACGAGUAUAACGAAAGCUAGCUAUCUCACGUCUAUGCAAAUCGUCGUCCUGGGCUUUGCACCUCUUUUCUGGAAACCUGUUGCGAACAGGUAUGGACGGCGACCUGUGUGGCUAAUCAGCACGAUUUGUUCGCUGUUGUUCAACGUUGGGUGUGCGCUUUGCCAUAGCUAUGGAUCUAUGGCGGCGUGCCGUGUGAUGGGAGCAUUCUUCAUCAGUCCGGCGAUUGCGAUUGGUAGUGGUAUUGUGACGGAGACGUACUUCAAGCGUCAGCGUGCGCAGUUUAUGGGUGUUUGGACUCUGCUGGUAACUUUGGGUCCUCCAGGCGGGCCUUUCAUCAUGGGCUUCGUCACCGAGCAGACCGGUGACUACCGCUGGAUCUACUGGGUUCUGGCCAUCAUCAACGGUAUCCAGUUCAUCGCAUACAUCUUCCUUGGGCCAGAAACUCGCUACAUCCGUCGUGGUGUCGAGCACAGAGGAUCCGCAUUCAAGCAGGAGUACAUGCAAUUCCGCCGGAUCGAUCCCAACCCAUUCAGCUUCUACGAUUUCGUCCAGCCGCUGUCGCUAUUCAAAUACCCGACCAUCGUCAUCCCGACCUGCGCUUAUUCUAUCGUCUUCGGCUUCAGUAGCGUCCUGAUGACGGUCGAGAUUCCACAGCUCUUCGUGCCGAAGUUCGGUUUCGAUUCCCAGCAGAUUGGGCUCCAGUUCAUAGGAAUCAUCAUUGGUAGCGUGGUUGGCGAGCAGAUUGGCGGAAGGCUCAGCGACUUCUGGAUGCGGCGAAAGGCCAAUGCUCUCAACCAAGCAACUCAACCGGAGUUCAGAUUAUGGCUCAGCUACCUGGGCUUCUUGCUGGCAAUGGUCGGUGUGAUCGUCUUCGGCGUACGAUACGAACAAGCUGCUCAAGACCACUGGAACGUGACGCCCAUCAUCGGCGUGGCAAUCGCAGCUGUCGGCAACCAGAUCGUAACGACGGUGAUCGUAACAUACUGUAUCGACAGCCAUAUUGAGCAGAGCGCCAGCAUUGGUGUCUUUGUCAACGUCGUUCGACAGACGUGGGGCUUCAUAGGACCUUUCUGGUUUCCGGACAUGUUGACUGCGCUCGGUGGCUCUGGUAGUGGCGGACUUAUGGCUGGAAUCAUUUUUGUGGUUAGCUGGAUCCCAAUAAUAUUUGUGCAGUGGCAAGGAAGGAAGUGGAGGAAGGCGGAGCGAUCUCCCAUAUCUUCUCCUCGAGUCGACAAGAUCGAGACUGCGCAGAAGGAAGGCCUCAAGGAUGAAGUCUGA